CCGCGUGUAAAUCGGUUUAUUCAUUCAAAAGUUAUAGUGUUUCCAGAGUGUGGUUGUUACAUUUGCCCAUAGCGUUUCCAGACUGUAACCAGAGUGAAUACAUUUUGGAACCAAAAUGUAUUCUAAGUGGAUUAAUGCUGGAACCAUAGUGGAUAUAUGAUGAGAGCAGAGUUUUUCUAGAGUGAAUACAUGUUGAAACCACAUUGUAUUCAAAGUGGAUGCAUACUGCAACCAUAGCAAAACCAUGGUGAAUACAUGUUGACAACAGAGUGUUUUCAAAAUGUGUACGUGUUGAAAACAGAGCGUUUUCAAAGUGGAUACAGGCUAAAAAUAAAGUGUUUUCAGAGGGGAUACAUACUGUAACCAAUAAGUUUUCUGAGUAGAGGCAUACUAAAACCAGAGUGUAUCUUGAUUCAAUACAUUUUGUAAUCAAAAUGUUCCUACAGUGGAUACAUACGUCGCAAUAAAAACUUCAUUGUUAGUUCUCAAAAGAUUUAUCGUUUAAACGAUGAAAAAAUUUUAACGACAAUUUAUGGGACAGAGGACAUCGACCUUCAAGAUUUAUAUGUGAGAGAUCAGCAGUUAAAAUUGAGCAAUGUCGCCGUAAAAUUUAUUGAUUCGGAUGAUAAUCCUUUCACACUACGUGAUCGCAACUCGACAACAAGUCGUAUCAUAAUGACGAAACUUCCAAAGUAUAGUCCGCAGAUUACAUCUAAUGUUCUAUUUAAGCCAAAAGUCAUAAGAAAAAAUGACAUUCAGAGCUCAAAAAAAAAUGUAAAUUCGAAAUCAUCCGAAUUUUACCGUACUAUGAUGCCAAAAGAUUCUGAUAUUUUCAACGAUGUGAACGACAUAGAAAUUGAUGAAGCGCGAUCUACCGCGGAGGUCAUUGAUGACAGUGAGCCUCAUAGAAUGCAACGUACAAAGAAGACGGUGGGAAAAAAGUCAUUACAACGCUCUUUCAUGACACCUCAAACUGUCUCAGCAAGUGGACCCAGCUCACGAAAGACAAUCAUCCGCAGGCCGUUAGCUUCACUUAAUAAUAACUUAAGAAUGCUAAAAAAGAAAAUGAACAAUUUCAGUCAAUUACUACAAAACAAAAAUUCGAAAGACGUUCAACCAAAGAGGCCUCUCGAACAUCGCGAGCAUGAACGAAAGACCACUUAUAUGAUGCCUAACCUGUCCGAAUCCAUUGUAGUUGAAGAUGGCGAAGAGUUUGUUGUCAUUGGAGACACAGCAAUAAGAGCUGAAAAUUUAGCAGAAAUUUUAAGAAAGUCAACCAUGAGGCAACAGGUAAAUUUAAUAAUCAAAGAAUUGUGGCCAUCCGAGAUUUUAGAAAAUAUGUUUAUUAAUGAUCGUCAUAAAAAUGAAAAUCAUUUCAAAGUUACUAACCAAGAGUGCAAAAAAAUAAAAGAUUUAUGUUUAUACCUGCAACAAAAGCGAGAACUAUCAUGGAUCCCAGGAUCCAGAGAUGACAUCACAAUCUACUUAAAAACUUGGAUAGGAGCAUAUUUGAAUGAGCACCGGCGGCAAUUAAAAAUAAAAGAAGGAAACCAAACAUGAACUAACGAAAUUAAAGAAAUCAAAUUUAAUUAUUUUCUGUUAUUCGUUUAAAAGUUUAUACGAA